GCGCCCCGUCAUUGGUGUCGGUGGGAGGAAUGGCGCCCCGUCAUUGGUGUCGGUGGGAGGAAUGGCGCCCCGUCAUUGGUGUCGGUGGGAGGAAUGGCGCCCCGUCAUUGGUGUCGGUGGGAGGAAUGGCGCCCCGUCAUUGGUGUCGGUGGGAGGAAUGGCGCCCCGUCAUUGGUGUCGGUGGGAGGAAUGGCGCCCCGUCAUUGGUGUCGGUGGGAGGAAUGGCGCCCCGUCAUUGGUGUCGGUGGGAGGAAUGUGCCCCAUCAUUGGUGUCAGUGGGAGGCAUAGUGCCCCAUCAUUGGUGUCAGUGGGAGGCAUAGGGCCCCAUCAUUGUCAGUGGGAGGAAUGGUGCCCCAUCAUUGGUAUCAGUGGGAAGAAUAGUGCCCCAUCAUUGGUGUCAGUAGGAGGAAUAGUGCCCCAUCAUUGGUCAGUGGGAGGAAUAGUGCCCCAUCAUUGGUGUCAGGGAGGAAUAGUGCCCCAUCGUUGGUGUCAAAUGGAGGAAUGGUGCUCCAAGGGCCGGAUAAAGGCAAGCAAAGGGCCACAUCUGGCCUCCGGGACACAGUUUAGAGACCACUGAUCUAAAAUAUGUAAUGUAAGAGUAAUAAGAGUGCGGUACACUGGAGAC